UUAUUUUGACACGUCCCAACCGGAUGUACUCAUUCGAAUGACCUAGUACGCUUUUCGCCUAGCCUUCCCUAGUUUUGCAGUUUUCACGGAUACAUCAUGAAAAUUCCUACUCUAGUAAUUUUAUUGAGCGUCUUUUUCUCAACGGACGGCAUCAAUGUCGCGAACUCGGCGGGGCAGUUCUUCAACAGCAGUCACACCAACAACUGGGCGAUUCUGGCGUGCACGUCCAGAUUCUGGUUCAACUAUCGUCAUGUGGCCAACACCCUGUCCGUGUACAGGAGCGUCAAACGUCUUGGUAUCCCUGAUAGUCAGAUCGUGCUGAUGCUGGCCGACGACAUGGCUUGCAACCACAGGAACCCGAAGCCAGCCACCGUGUUCAGCCACAAGAACAUGGAACUGAACGUCUAUGGUGAUGAUGUGGAGGUGGACUACCGAGGUUAUGAAGUGAGCGUAGAGAAUUUUUUGCGAGUUCUGACCGGGAGGCUUCCUCCAAGCACGCCCCGCUCCAAGCGUCUCCUGUCUGAUGAUCGAAGCAACAUCCUCAUUUACCUGACAGGACAUGGUGGAAAUGGCUUCUUAAAGUUCCAGGACUUUGAGGAGAUCAGCAAUAUUGAGUUGGCGGACGCAUUUGAACAGAUGUGGCAAAAAAGAAGGUACAACGAGCUGCUUUUCAUCAUCGACACCUGUCAGGGAGCCUCCAUGUACGAGAGGUUGUACUCGCCAAACAUCAUGGCUCUGGCCAGUAGUCAAAUCGGAGAAGACUCUUUGUCGCACCAACCAGAUUUGGCCAUUGGAGUCCAUCUGAUGGAUCGUUACACUUUCUACAUGCUGGACUUCCUUGAAGACAUCCACCCUGCCAGCAAAACCAAUAUGAAUGAUCUGUUCAAAGUUUGCCCCAAGAGCCAGUGCGUGUCCACUCCGGGCCGCCGCACCGACCUGUUCCAGCGCGACCCGGGAAACGUCCUCAUCACCGAUUUCUUUGGUAGCGUCCGCAAGGUGGAGAUCACCAUGGAAACCAUCAACUUGACCGAGCCCAUAACCCCGAUGGAAGACAAUUCCGAAAGCGGGGAGCUGCAAAACGAGUCACGCUCGUACGCGGAUCAGCUGCCAGUGUCUGAAAUCAUUCAUCAGAAGCCCAAACAGAAAGACUGGCACCCUCCCGAUGGCUUCAUCCUUGGCCUCUGGACCCUCAUCCUGCUUGUGUUUUUCAAAACGUACGGCAUGAAGCACCUCAAACACAUCUUCUGAGACGGCCGCCGCGGAGAGGUCGCCAAGCCUUUCAGAAAGCCGCAUCGAAAAAAGGAAACUUGAAAAAUGGAGGGCAACACAACUGUUGUGUGAGCACAGUUGCUUGUUUUUUUACACUGAGAUGUUUGUUAAUGUUUUUGGGGGGGGGGUUUCUAUUUAAAUUGGAAGUUUUAAGUUAUGACGAUGGUUUGCAUGGAAACGCGCUUCUUUGCACAAUGUAGGUUGGAUGUACCUUGCAGGUCUCAUGGCCGGCUUCUUAUUACUAACAGCGUUCAUGUGUUUUCACAUAAACAAAUCCCUGGAUAGGAGAGGCACUCGAGCCUGAUGAAAAGAGCUAAACCGCCAGUAAAUGACCAACCCUCCCGAAAAUGUUAGUAAUUGCUUCCAUUAAUAGUUUAAAUUGUAACUGAACCUAGAAAUUUUGAAACUCUGUUUACGACAGCAGCCUUAAAUUGAAUGAAACCAAAGAUUAAGCAUUUUUUUGGUUUGUUUUUAAGGACCAAGCCUUUGGUUUGUUUUUAAGGACCAAGCCUUAAAAACAAACCCCCAAAAAAAGCUAAAAUAUUCUUAAAAACAACUGGCAGUUUUUUUUCCCCCGAAAGACUGUACAACACGGUUUGUCGACAUUCGGGAUUUUGUCAUGGAGAAAAUCUGGCAAGCUGUACAUGGAUGAGGCGACUGUUCAAAGCUAUCCUUCAAAAUAUGCUAAUAGCUUCAGGUUAGGUUUCAGAGAAAAAUCUUACUGAAGAAUUCCCCCAAAUGAGCCACAAUCAGAGAGGCGGUUGAUCUUGCCACAUGGAAGACAAUAGGCUGGGAAAUUUUUUAGUCUUCCCUCCUUGCUUGUGGGUACAGCAUGGCCUUUGCUCACUCAGCUAAUGCAUGAAAGUUUGACCAAAAGUCCUGAGUGUCAGGUACUCCACCAUUUCGGAAUCAGACUUUGGCUUGAGUCGGCCAUUUUGCCCAUUUUCGAGACUUUAAUCCGAUUGGACCCAAAUUUGAACCACCUAUAUGAGCUAAACGGACGUCGCCAGAUUUGCGAUAUCAUUUCAGUGCGGCAAUGGAAUCGGAAGAUUUGAAAGUGAAAACGCUUGGGAGUAAAAAUGGGAAUUGUGUGACUUGGACGGUGUAGCGUAUACCCCAGCCUAAGUGUGCAUCGAAGCAUGUCCUUGAAUAAGAAUUUAAUCACUUUUAGCGGAUGUUCUGCUCAGCAUAUUUUGUCUAUUUUUGCGUCCAAACCGCCGGGCCUGCCAGAGAUUAAAACGUGGGAUAGGGGACAUCUGAUUGGUGGCGACUGGUGCUGCUGAGAGAGGACUUUGUUACAUCUCCGCUGUCAGCGCACAUUACACCCCCUGACCGUCAUAUCGUGGAUAACAAUCCCCACAUAAUACCGUCUCCCAACUUUCUAUUCACCAAAUUGCCCUCCCGGUGGAAACAUCCAUUAGCUUCCCGGCUGCCGCGGCGCCCUUGACUGACGGCUCUUUCUGUGGCCGUUCGCAGUCGGGCGAUAAGUUGGGCGAUAAGCCAGUAAGCCUCGGUGGCUGUCCCGAACGGAUCCUCUGAUAUAAUGGGCCUUUUUUUUUCGUUUCUCGAUUCCCCCUUUCUUUCCUGGCGUGACACUACAUCAUUGCCGAGAGGACUGAUUGAUGUUUAACGCGCACCGGCGCCUAGCCUCUCCAAAACCAGACAGCUGCUGCAUCAGCCACCCGGGUGCCUUUCCUCUUUAUACAUUAUUAAUACCGUGCUCAUCUCUUCCCUUCCUUUUUCCGUCCCUUUUUAUUUCCUGCCUUACAAUUCCCACAGCUCCUUUGCCGUUUUUUUGGUGGAGCGAAACAUGUUAUACUCCCUCAUGUUGGCAAGAUGCCGGUUGCCCUGAUUAUAGAUGAAUCAAAAGAACACAUUUGUCUCCCUACUGCUCACAACUGACAGUAUUGAGCUUUCUUAAUUACGAGGGGAGACGCCUUUUACAAGUGCCUCCUUUUGAAGGUGAUGAGAUGGUGUACGAUUUUUUUGGGGGCCAUCUUGGCUCAACGAAACUUUAUUUGGAACUUGUGCCACUUGUGCGACUACAUCCGAGCUACAAGUUGUAUGGCGGGACUAGCAAACUCCCAAGCUUUCCCCCCUGGAGUCUUGACACACUUUCCCAAACCACUUCAAUCAUUUCCAGUGAUUCAAAGUGUAUCGGAUUGACAUCUUUCUUUAUAACUUGACUACUGAUUUCUGUCCGUGUUGUAUGUCGGUGAAGGAUCUUCAUAAAUAAUAAAAACAAAUGUUAAAAAGGAA